AUGAACACUUUAAGCUUUGAUGGGGACUUCUUGCACCUUCGAUGUGCAUUUCACAUCAUCAAUUUGAUUGUCAAGUAUGGAAUCAAAGAAUUAGAGGAUGAGAUUGAUGCAAUUUGGCAUUGUGUCAAGUUUAUUAGGUCAAGUUCAAGUCUAUUAGAUAAGUUUAGGGAGUUUUCUGUUCUUGAGCACUUGAAUAAGAAUGCGAAUGUUCCCCUAGAUGUGAUCACUAGGUGGAAUAGCACUUAUUUAAUGCUUGCUGUGGCAUUAAAAUAUAAGAAAGUGUUUGAUAGGAUGGGUGAUGAAGAUGUGCAGUUUAGGCAUUAUUUUGAGGAGAAAGAUACCAAAGGUAGGAAGAGGACAGGCCCUCCCGUAGAGGCAGAUUGGAGAAAUGCUCAAGCUUUAGUGCAUUUCCUCAAAAAGUUUUACAAGACAACACUCAAAUUGAGUGCUUGGAAAUCAGUUACUACAAACUUGCAGUUCAAAGAGACGAUCGGCCUUCAAACAGAGAUUGAUAAGAAGGCAAAUGAUGAUUCUGAUGAGGUUUUGCAGAGGGUGGCAGUGGGGAUGAAAGCAAAAUUCAACAAAUAUUGGGGCAGCUUUGAAACCAUGAAUCAAAUCAUAGGAAUUGCAAAUGUCCCAGACCCUCGCUGGAAACUGCAAUAUCAGAAAGCAGCAUUUUUAAGGGUGGGAGUCAGAGCUAGCACAAAUGAGAAGAUAACAAGGGACUUGAAGAACAUUUUGUUGAGAAUGUAUGAUGAGUAUAGGGGCUGUGAGGGGGGUUUAAGUCAACCAAACCAUUCAGAUGGUGUUGCAGCAAUGGAGGGGGUUGAGUUUGAUAGUCUAGAAGAUGGACAAGCUGAGAUACUUGCUGAUCUCAUGCAAGAAAGACUCGAAAAUGAACAUGAAAUGAUAUGCAACGAGGUUGACAAGUACCUUGUAGAUAGAUAUGUCAAUCAUUUAGUCAAAGGGUUUGAUGUUUCACAAUGGUAG